AUGUCGGACGGCGGCAGCACCCUCAACAUCCCGCAGCUGCUCGUCAUAAUUGUCGUCAGCUUCCUCAUAUUCCGCUGGUACAACUCGCCAUCCUCUGCACAGGGCCAGCAACGCCCAGCAGGGAGCCGAAAUGCCGCCCCGCGCGUGAACCCCGCCGCCGUCGAGCAGAUAUCCCAGAUGUUCCCCCAGCUCGAUCGCCGCCAGAUCAUGUGGGAUCUGUCGCGCAAUGGCAACAACGUCGCUGCCACUACGGAGCGCGUUUUGAGCGGAAGGGGCUUGGAAACGCCGCCUCCGUCUUUCCAGCCGCCUAUGCCCCCGCAAGCCCAAGCUCGCCCCGCCCAGCGUGAACCCGUCGUGACGCCCUCCCAGCCUGACCUGAUAACAAGAUACAAGCUUGCGUCCAAGAUCCAAGACGAGGAUGCAGCGCCGCUAGAGGAAGCCAAGAAGCCCUCGUGGUCGCAGAACAAGGCAGAGCGCCAGCGGAAUCUGCAGCGCCGCCGUGAAGAGAUGAUCUUGGCUGCACGGAGGAAGAUGUUGGAGAAGGAUAAGGCCAAGGCAGCACAAUCAUAA